AUGUCGGGCCGCGGCGGCGAUGUGCGCGAGCGCGCGGAGCGCGGGGCGGAGCAUGCGGAGGAGCAGUUCGGGCAGGCGGUCGGCAAGCCCCGGGAAGAGUGGAGGCCCAGAGAUGUGUGGGCGUUCAGAAUCCUCGUUGGCGGCACGAUCUUGACUCUGGCAACCGUCGGCGCGAUCGCUUUCGGCAUGGUCGCCAUCCCGACGGUGCUCAUCGGCGGCGGCCUGCUGCUGCUGUUCAGCCCGGUGCUGCUCGGCAUCGCGGCCAUCACGAGCCCCAUCUGGGGCCCGAUCGCCGCGCUCGCGCUCGCGGCGCCGCCCGUCCUCGGCGGCCUCACGCUCGCGGCCGUCCUCUUCGGGCUGUCCGUCUACUGGUUCUGGAACUUCAUCAGGUCUUCCAAGACCAAGAAGGCGCCGGUCGACCUGUACGAGGGCGCCAAGGAGGCGACGCAGAGGAUCCCGUACGUCACGCGCGAUAUCACACAGAAGGGGCGCGAGGCAACGGAAUACGCGCAGAGGAAGGCGCGCGAGGCGGGGCAGCGCGCGGGGGAGGGGAUGGAGAAGACCGGGGAGGAAAUCAAGCAGACCUCGCAGAAGUGA